UGAAUUAAUAAUAAUUAUUAAUUAUCUUAUAUUUAUUUUUUAGGGAGUGAUAAUAGAGAAAGAGGUUGUUAUGUGUCUCCUUCAUCAUUGAAUCGCAGGGAAAGAAAAUUUGGAUUUAGAGAGAGAGAAAAUAAAGAGGAAGAAGAAAAAGGAGAAAAGGGUUAGGACUUAGGAGAGAGAAAGAAAGCUCUGUGCACAAAAGAGCUUUUGAUUCCUCUCUCUCUCUCUCUCUCUCUCUCUCUCUCUCUAUAAUCCAAAUCCAUGGCUCAUUCAUGCUAUACUUCUUCCUUUUCGAAUUCUCCACCUUCUUCUCAUUAAAGGAAGAAACGUUCAUUUUUGUUUGUUUUGGUGUUCGUUCAAGUCCGACCUCAUCUUCUCCACAAUCGUCUGUAGGUUUUCUUUCAAUCCUCAAACAUCAGAUUUGAAUAUAUUCCAUUCCAGCUACUAUAUUGGGGGUUGUUGUAAUCUUAAGGACAAGGUAGGAGAGUUUUUUUUGUUGUAAAAGGUUUUGAUUGAGAGGGUUUUGCUUGAUGGGGAAUUGUUGUGCAACGCCUGGUACACCUUCCCAAAACAACCGGAAGAAUAAGAAGAAAUCCAAUCCAUUUUCUGGCGAUUAUCCUGUGACUAAUGGUGAUGGAGGUGGGAACAACACCUGGGUCUUGAAAGAACCAACAGGUCGAGACAUUACAGCUCAUUAUGAUCUGGGUCGAGAGCUGGGCCGUGGCGAAUUUGGGGUUACUUAUUUGUGCACAGAGUUAUCAACUGGUGACAAAUUUGCCUGCAAAUCAAUAUCAAAGAAGAAGCUGAAGACUGCUGUGGAUAUUGAGGAUGUGCGGCGAGAGGUUGAGAUUAUGAAGCAUCUAAGGAACCACCCAAAUAUUGUAACGUUGAAAGACAGUUAUGAGGAUGAUAAUGCAGUUCAUAUUGUGAUGGAAUUGUGUGAAGGAGGGGAGUUGUUUGAUCGAAUUGUUGCGAGAGGUCAUUACACAGAACGAGCUGCUGCAGCCGUUAUGCGAACCAUUGUUGAAGUUGUUCAGAGUUGUCAUAAACAUGGAGUGAUGCAUCGUGAUCUCAAACCAGAGAACUUUUUGUUUGCAAACAAGAAAGAAACAUCCCCCUUAAAGGCAAUUGAUUUCGGGCUGUCAAUGUUUUUUAAACCGGGUGAACGAUUUAAUGAGAUAGUGGGAAGUCCUUAUUACAUGGCCCCUGAAGUCCUGAAACGGAAUUAUGGCCCCGAAGUGGACGUUUGGAGUGCUGGAGUUAUACUGUAUAUUUUACUUUGUGGUGUUCCACCAUUUUGGGCAGAAACUGAACAAGGGGUAGCACAGGCUAUUAUUCGCUCGGUGAUUGAUUUUAAGAGGGAUCCGUGGCCAAGAGUUUCUGAUAAUGCGAAGGACCUUGUUAAGAAAAUGCUUGAUCCUGAUCCAAAGCAGCGACUUACAGCACAGGAAGUACUUGAGCAUCCAUGGAUACAAAAUGCCAAGAAAGCUCCGAAUGUCCCAUUGGGUGAGACUGUGAGAGCAAGGCUCAAACAGUUUUCCGUCAUGAACAAGCUCAAAAAAAGGGCUCUAGGGGUUAUAGCUGAACAUUUGUCCAUUGAAGAGGUGGCUGGAAUAAAGGAGGCAUUUGAAAUGAUGGACAAUGGAAAUAAAGGCAAGGUUGUCCUUGAGGAGCUUCGAAUUGGUUUGCAAAAGCUUGGACAGCAGAUUCCUGAACCGGAUCUUCAAAUACUAAUGGAAGCGGCUGACGUUGAUGGCGAUGGCGCUCUAAAUUAUGGAGAGUUUGUUGCGGUUUCAGUUCAUUUGAGAAGAAUGGCUAAUGACGAGCACCUACACAAGGCAUUUUCAUUCUUCGAUCAAAACGGGAGUGGUUAUAUUGAAAUUGAAGAGCUUCGGAAUGCUUUAAAUGACGAAGUUGACACUAAUAGUGAGGAAGUCAUCACUGCUAUAAUGCAUGACGUGGACACUGACAAGGAUGGGCGCAUAAGUUACGAGGAGUUUGCUGCAAUGAUGAAAGCUGGUACAGAUUGGAGAAAAGCAUCAAGGCAGUAUUCACGGGAAAGAUUUAACAGCCUGAGCUUGAAGUUGAUGAGGGAAGGCUCUUUACAGUUAACCAACGAGGUAUUUUAGAGUGGUCCCUUCCAAAAAUCCAUUUCCAUGUUACCAUAGUGAAGUGGCUCUCAGCAGCUUGUGGAGUGUGGACUACUUGUAUAUGAUAGAAUAGAUCACAUGAAGGAUGAGAAUGUAAGCUUCUCCACCACCACCAUCAUUUUCUUUUAUAUAAGCAAAAAGAUUUAACCUUUCAGUAUCAGCAAUGGUCGGACUUAGAUUUUUGUCUUUGUAUAAUAAUAUAAUAUAUUCCAUCUCUAAUAAUAAUAAAUAUUCCAGUUCCACCUCUCA